UUGAGGUUAUGUUAUAAGUGUCGAAAAGUUUAAUAAACAAUAAAACAUGGAUUUAGAUCCAGAAACAAACACAAAACUAUCGAUAAAGUUAUUCACCCAAGUGAAAAAUGCAAAGGAAAUUAAAGAACAACUAAUACAAGGCGAGUUUAAAUGUAGCAUGAUCAAGCCAUCGUUGAUUUUGGAUCCUUUUCAAAUAGCAGUCGCCGCUAAUAAGGCUCUGCUGAAUGAGAAACUGACUACUAAGACUGUAUACACCGAAAUCUUAUUCAAUUUAUCGCCCACCAAAAAUAUAUCGAAAAGUUUGCAGACUUUUGGUAUCGACGAAAAAGAUGACGCCCUACUCGUUGUAACACUCUGCAAGGACACAGAAAACGAAGAAGCGGACUUUCUUAAACAAAUCGACGCCGUGGAAGCUCCCAUAGAGAAACUCAGCGACUACACAGACAUAAAUUUAAUAAAGAAAAUAUACAAAAUAAACGACAAGGAAUCAAGUGUAACACCCAUUUUAGAUUCGAUUGUCAGUAGGAUAGCAACAAAAGAUUUUCUAUCAUUGUAACAACCUUCUAAAUAAAACAACU